AUGCUAACGCUCGGCGAUCCGAAGGCGCCGCGCAAGAAGUUCACGUUCAACGUCGGCGCCGUCAGUCUGCCGGAUGUGCCGAUGGUGCUCGCCGGCACCUACGAUCUCGAGCUGAUGGACGCGAGUGUGGAGCUGCCGUCGCUGGCGGCACUCUACCCGCAAUCAUCGUUCGACUCGUUCAAUCUCAUCGUUCAGCCCAUCGAAUAUUGUAUGGCCGUCUAUCUGUGUCCCAUCGAGCGCAACAUCAACUCGCCAAACGAAUCGCGCGUUCACAUUCAUCAAGAAGCGUGCCAAACCGACGGCGCCGUCAAAAUCUAUCCGUGGGAGCACAAGAUCCUCGUGCACGACGGCAAAGGGUUCCAGUCGUUCGUCUACCUCGAUCCGAUCACCACCUUCAUUCAGCAUCGCGACUCCGAGCAGGCCUACGUGCUCAAUCUCAAAAAAGGCGACGUCGACACGUACGCGCAAUUCUACGCGGCGAAACCGAUUGAGGUGUUGGUGAAUUACACCAAUAUGGAUUUGUUGCUGCUCACCAACGGACGCGAUUGUCACGCGUCGAUUCAGUCGUCGAACGGCCAGAACGCGUUCUAUCAGAUUUUCGGACCGCAAACAUUGGACCCGCAAUCGCACAAAAAGCUGCCGGCGGUGAUUUUCAACGGAAAAACGUUGAUCCCGACGCUCUAUGAUCCGCUGAGAGACGACAUCACGAAAACGUUUGAUUUGUUUCCGAAGUUGGCCACGAUGAAGAUCAAGUAUCUCGACACGGAGAAGUGCACUAGCGGCGGAUUUCGCGAGCAGCCGCCGUUUCUGACGAACAAACGCAGCGGCACCUCGCAAGACGUUCUCGUCGAGACGAUCAAAUCGACGACGGACACGUUUACGAGUUUUGCGAUUGAGGCGCGCGAAUGUGCGUGGGCGCGUGUUUGGAUCGGCAAAAAAGGCGACAAAAUGACGAACUACAAGCCGGUCGGCGAGGAUUUUCUCGAUAUCUCCUACGAGAGCUCGUUCAUCAUUCCGUUUCACACAGAUGAAGCUGAAAUCACGAAUUUGGCGCCGGAUAUGAUGAGUCGAAUUAUCGUCAAAGUGCACACGGCGUCGCCGAAAAGUUUGGUUGAAAUCGGCGUCGGCGGAAGCGGUCGCAGUUCGCUGUUCACCUACUACACCGCCAACAAGAAGCUUCAUCUCAGCGAGUUUAGUGUGCAUUUGAUACGGGCGCCGCGAUGCGAUGCUCAGAUAGUGAGCACCACUCAGAACGCGCUCGCCUACCGCAAAAAGGCGGCGUCGAAUCGAUUGAAUCUCGCAAAAUGCUCGUAUUUCGUUGAGAAUUGA